UACUAAAAUCCUGGGCAAAGCGCAGCUGGAGGACUACCUGAGGGCAGCGGAACAGCCCAUCGAUGAUGCUGAUCCUGAGGACUUUGAGAACAACUGCAAGAUGUGGGACAGGGGCGUGGAUGAUCUGACGUCGUGUGAGCUGCACAUCGUCAUGCAUAUAGUGGUGCAGCACAAUAUGCCAGCCACCGUUAGAAACGGCAAAGUGGAGUUUAGCAUAACGAAGUUCUCCCCCCAAGUCGUAUCCCUGAUCAAGGAGGGUCUGCAUCUGACGAGACGCAGCUACAAGGCGCUGGUGCCGCAAGUAAUGACCCCCGACGACCAGAAGAUAUUGACCGACAGCCUGCAAGCCCAGCUGGGAGAAAUCACUGCCAAAUUAUCCUCAAAUCGUACGGCGGUUAAAAGGAGCAGUACUACCACUAGCACUGCCUGCAAAAGUCUGGAGCUGGAGGAACCCUUCGGUCCAGCGGCAAUGGCGAAAAUGGCACGUCUAUCCGAUGAAGAGGAGAAGGUGGAGGUGCAGGAAAUAAUGAAAAAGCAGAGGAAAAAGAAGCGCCAUAAACAUCAUAAAAAAUCGAAGAAACAUCGACUAAACGAAAGGAAUCAAGCGCAACCCGAAUAAUAUGUCUACAAAGAUUUGACGUCAUAUCUAAACAUUAUCGAUGUAUGUCAAUGGUAAUUAAAUUUACUGAAAUUUAGAGAGAAUUCUCUGCAUUUAAAUGUUCCUUCUGUCUGAAUCAAAAAAUAUAUUUUAAGAUGUUUGAAAGUUUUUGCUAUAAAUAGAAUGCUUCCAAAAUGUUUGCCCUUCAAAUCAACAAUUUUCCAGCCCAAUUUUUCCGUUUUUGUUUACCUUUCAUUCAAGCGAGAGAGAGACAAAGGGAAAAGCCAAAAGAAAAACAAGUGCCGACAGGCAUGCCCCAUAUUUAGACAUUCGAAGAUUAUCUCGUUUUCUCGGGAAAACUUCACCCAGAAAAACUUUAGCCACACUUUAGUUAAUUUUAAUUGGAAAAGUGCAGCAACAAAAAUUUGUUUGACUAAUUGAAGCCUGUCCUCCGUUUAAUUAAAAGAUAUAGAUUAAAAGCAGAUGGAACUGGCACCUAUUUCACGUGCCGCAGUUCAAGACAGACACGCGACGCCUUUCUCCUCCACUUUUCCCUCGGGUUUUUUUUUAUUGCAUUUUAUUGGCCCCGAAAGUAAUCGCACUUUGCUUUGGCUAAUUGGCAGGGCACACCUUCAACCCACGAUUGCGCCGUGUCCAUUCGAUUGCGAUUACCGUGCAAUUACCAGAAAACUAAGUAGUUUUUCAUUGGCAACAGACGAGACGAGUCGAGAGGCUUUUCUAAUCCCAAAACGAAAGUCUUCUCUGAUAGUUUUUGUCGUUUUAUCAAUUAUAACUUGGAGAUAUAUUUUUGUGUGUUUCUGUGUAAAAGAAAGUUCCAAUUUGAUAUGGAUUGGGGAAUGGAAAUUUGUGGUAUGUAAGGGGUAGAUAAGGGGUGUAUAUACUAUAGGUAAAUAAGAGGUAUACCCUAUCUAUGAUGAUUGAUGACUGAAAGUAGGUAGAUAGAACUAGGGAAAAUUAUGAAAUUCAAGCAGAAAUUGAAGGUUUUAUAAUAGCUAUCGACUUAUAGAUAUUUUGGUUUUGUUUAAAUCUUA